AUGUGUGGGCGAUACGCUUUGGGUGUGCGCUUGGCGUACAUCCAACAACGCAUGCAAGAGCAAGGCAUGCAAGUGGAUGAAGCACCAGACGACAGUUCAGUCAGAGAGACAUACAACUUUGCACCGGGCAACUUCGGUGCUGUCUAUCGCGCCGAGAUCACUGACAAAGAGAGUUACAAUGCUCAGCAAGAUGCUGAUAGUGAGCACCAAAAUCAAGAAUUAGAAAAGGAAAAAGACAACACGGUUACCAAAUACAAGCUCCAGAGCAUGAAAUGGGGUCUCAUCCCAUUCUGGACGAAGCGCCAACCGGAUUACGGAUCCAUGAUGCGCACAAUUAAUUGUCGCGAUGACUCGUUGAUCGAAGAUUCGGGGAUGUGGACUACCAUGAAGCGACGAAAGAGGUGCAUUGUCGUCUGUCAGGGCUUUUACGAGUGGCUGAAGAAGGGGCCUGGGGGCAAAGAAAAGGUUCCGCACUUUGUCCGGCGCAAAGACGGGGAGCUGAUGUGCUUCGCUGGAUUGUGGGAUUGUUCUGACCAGAAGCUCUACACGUACACGGUGAUCACGACGUCUUCUAAUUCCUACCUGAAGUUCCUGCAUGAACGUAUGCCUGUCAUACUGGACCUCGGGAGUGAGGCGAUGAAUAAAUGGCUAAGUCCCAGCCAAAAGACCUGGUCGAAGGAGCUCCAAUCACUUCUCAAGCCAUAUGAGGGCGAACUGGAGUGCUAUCCUGUUUCCAAGGAAGUUGGGAAAGUCGGAAAUAAUUCUCCGAAUUUUAUUAUUCCUGUCGACAGCAAGGAUAACAAGAGUAACAUCGCAAACUUCUUCGCCAAUACGAAACCAAAGGAGACUCUAGAGCAAUCGCCGAAGAAGGAGACUGUGUCGCCGAAAGUGAAGAUGGCUAAAGACGAUGACCGCCCUACUAAGGAUUCGGAAUGGAGUGAGGACAAUGCCCCAAAACCGGUGCCAGCUGUUAAAAGGGAGCAUAGUCCAGAACCUGCUAGAUCUGUGGAGGAAAGCAAGAAGCAAAAGAUCAAUUCAGAUCUAACGGGAAUAUCGCCGCAAAAGAAGAAGUUGCGUAGUGCUACCCAUAAUAGCCCCAUGAAGAAGUCCAGUGGGGCAAAGGCAGCAGAUGGAUCGCAACGAAUUACUAGUUUCUUCAAGAAGUGA